ACGUGGUUAUCUUGAGCCCCGCCCACCGGCUUCUGGGUUGAGCUGCAGACCCCCAGCACAAAGACUUGUCUUGCAGGACAUCAUGAACUUCAUCCGGCCAGCCAUCCUGAGGAGUGUCAUCUGCAGCACCAGGGGCCCUCCUGUCAGGGCCACACUGACCCCUGGGGGGCCCUUUGCCUUCUACAGCUCUGUGGUGGCCGGAGCACAGGAGCGUACUCUCGUCGCCGUGAAGCCUGAUGGGGUGCAGAGGAGAUUGGUCGGUGAAAUCAUCAAACGCUUUGAGCAACGCGGGUUUAAAUUAGUGGGCUUGAAAAUGCUGCAGGCUUCUGAAUCAACCCUCGCUGACCAUUACCACGAUCUUCGCAGGAAGCCAUUCUAUCCGUCCCUCAUCCGAUACAUGGCUUCUGGUCCCGUAGUUGCCAUGGUCUGGGAGGGCCACAAUGUUGUGCGAUCCUCCCGUUUUAUGGUCGGAGACACAGACUCAGCCCAGGCCAAGCCAGGAACAGUCCGCGGGGACUUCAGUGUUCACAUCAGCAGGAAUGUAGUCCAUGCCAGCGAUUCUGUGGAAGUGGCUGAGCGGGAAAUUAGCCUCUGGUUUCACAGUGCCGAACUGGUAAACUGGGAGAACUCCGACCAAAGUGACUUAUAUCAAGGUUGAUGCUGCUCAAUGGCCCAUCAGUCAUUUCGACCUCAAGAGACUCGCACACUGAAGGGCUCAUACAAUCUAUAGCUCCAUCUGAACUGUACGGACGUCUGGCUUCUACAACAACCAGGGACCUCAGGGGCAGCGUGGGAACCAUGUAUAGGGUCCUAACUAUAUGGUACCACAACGCUGCCAAGACUGCCUUUAUUUGUACACACAACCCUCUCUGUGAGAGUAACCGCAACAUUUAUCAACACUGCGUCCUUUUAGGUUGAUGUCCAUUCUUCACUCAGGGAUGGGGGCAUGAAGAAUAUGUUUACCGUGAUAAUGCAGAGCCAGCUUAAAGCCAAGAGUGUGAUCUUUGUUUGAGGCACUGCAGAAGUUGUGUUAUCAUUAUAGUACAAUUUGUGUGCAUUUUAAUUGCAUCAUCUUCAGUCACAAUCUGGCCCUUUUGGUAUUGGGCUUUAACAGAUUAAAUCACUGGGCUGGUAUUCCCAGCCUGACUAAUGGUAUAACUGUUUAAUAAACGUGUUCCUCUUUAUAAAAAUA